AUGGCAAAAAAGAAAGCUUUCACUCCUCUUUUGUAUCUUGCAUCUAUAGUCUUUCUGCCCUGGUGGAUUUCUCUCUCAUUUACUAAAAGUAUGGAAUCUUGGGUUAUUAAUUGGGCGGAUAUCGGCCAAUCUGAAAUUUUUUUGAAUGAUAUUCAAGAAAAAAGUAUUCUAGAAAAGUUCAUAGAAUUAGACGAAAUCCUCUUCUUGGAAGAAAUGAUCAAGGAAUACUCGGAGACAUAUCUACAAAAGUUUCUUAUAGGAAUCCACAAAGAAACGAUCCAAUUAAUCAAGAUACACAACGAGGAUCGUAUCCAUACAAUUUUACACUUCUCGACAAAUAUAAUCUGUUUUGUUAUUCUAAGUGGUUAUUCGAUUUUAGGUAAUGAAGAACUUGUUAUUCUUAACUCUUGGGCUCAGGAAUUCCUAUAUAACUUAAGUGAUACAGUAAAAGCCUUUUCGAUUCUUUUAUUAACUGAUUUAUGUAUCGGAUUUCAUUCACCCCACGGCUGGGAACUAAUGAUUGGUUCUGUGUACAAAGAUUUUGGAUUUGGUCAUAAUGAUCAAAUUAUAUCUGGUCUUGUUUCCACUUUUCCGGUUAUUCUCGAUACUAUUUUUAAAUAUUGGAUUUUUCGUUAUUUAAAUCGUGUAUCUCCAUCACUUGUAGUUAUUUAUCAUUCAAUGAAUGAUUGA